UAUACAGUUGAAAAAAACAAAACAUAAUGACCAAUGUUAAUUUGUGCACCUACCGAAUUAGAAUUGGCAUGUUCCGGGGUGGGAUGAGGUCAAAGGCAAAUGCUUCUUCCUCCUUCAUUCUCCAAUUACUUCCUCAUUCAUCACGAAUGGCGCUGGCAAUAAGAAUCGUCUUUUUUGCUCUGCUUGCUAUGCACGGGAUUGAAAAAAAUCCUGGGCCGAGAUCUCCUGAAAGAAAAGCAGAAGAUAAUAAUUUGACACCACGUGACCAAGCGGAGAUGGAUUUGUCACACCAAGAACCAAUUGAGCAAUUUACGAGCGAGGCGAGAACGAUUGGAAAUCCUGCCGAACAGACAGAAGGAAUGAUAGACGGUUUCGGCGACUUAUCUUCAGAUUUGCGGAGCCAAGAACAAAUCAAACCAAUCACGGGGGAGAGGAAGACGUUCGAUGAUCCCAACCAAACAGCCGUACAGAGGGAAGAGACUCAUAGACAGAGACCACUGAGACUUGAACCUCUUAUCUCAUAUCAUCGUCAUCCUUUCAUCAAGAUAUCUCUCCCUGGAUUCUCUAAUAUUGUUAUUGGAAACGAUGAGUUCCGGGCAGGGCAGACUCUUGCAGCAUCCGGCACAAGCUCAAAUGGAUCAAGUCAAAACACACUAGAAAAAAAAAGAAAACUCACAUACUCAGAUGCAAAAAAUCACAAAGGUUCAGAGCAAUUCAAAGGCAGUCACCCAGCAAGAAACGACACAUCCAUUUCAUGUUUUCCAGUCAUCGGGGGGAAUCCUGAGCCAGUCGACAAUCAAGCUGCACCAGAAAGAGAUGAAACAAGACAAAACACUUCAAGUGCAAACGCCAACAUCAUCCAUGGAAAAGAACAAUCAUCUACUGAAGAUUCAGAUUUGACAAAAUUGAAGGAAAAUCUAUGGUACAAUAAAAACAAAAGAUUAUGCCAUAGAAAACCAAUAUACUAUGGGAUUCACAAGGUCGGGAAUGAGAAACAUAAAGUCGUUAUAAAAUUCAUUCCAUAUGAAGACAACAUGGAUCCAAUAGAGCUGAAUGCAAUGGCAAAACUGCAACACCCCAAUAUAGUCAGAUACAGGGACAGCGGGUUAACCCCUCUUGGAAAUCACUGCUUUAUAGUAAUGGAAUGUUGUAAUGAAAAAACAUUAGAGCAAACCGCAAAAGAAAAUCUGACUUGGGACAAGAGAAAGACUAUAAUGCUGCAAAUUGCUCAUGGCCUACGUUACAUGCACACUAAAUACAAUAUGCAACACAGAGACAUAAAACCGGCAAACAUUCUACAAUCAAUCUGUGGUAAACACUUUAAACUGGCUGAUUUCGGGUUCAACAAAGAAAUAUUGGAAAGUUCCAACGCACUCACCCCAGGGCAUGUGGCGACAAGAGGUUACAGAACACCAGAGUCCUAUCUUGACGAACCACUCCUAACCAACCGAUCUGACAUAUACCAGUUGGGCCUAAAUUUUUUUUACAUCUUAUCCAAAGGUCGGCAUAUUUUAGGACCAGUAAGUGAUUCCUUGCCGCAUUAUGCUAUAAGGAACAAAUUGUCAGUCAAGAAGAAAAGCCUGGAGAUCAUUGACGGCCCGGAUCGCGAACUUGCAAAACACCUGAUGUUGUCUAUGACGAGAGGAAAUCCAUAUACUAAAACCUUGGAAGAAAAGGAUUAUACCAAACUAAGAAAUGAACAUCAAAAAUACAGGGUCACGAUGACACAUGCAGAAAGGAAUUUCGACAACAUGCCCAGACCUUCUGCAGAAGAAGUCCUGUGCCAUCCACUCUUUUGGAGCUCCGAAAGAAAGUUUGACUUCAUCCAGAAUUUGUCAAGGUCACUUAAAUUUAGCAAGCAAAAGUUCGAAGAUUACAAAUUAUUGACUAAAUACAACAUGACGAUGUGGAAGAAAGCAUUAGAUGGGGGUAAUGAAACACCUACCCGACUUGCUGAAAUAACUAAGAAGAUGGACAGUAACUGCUGUAUGCUCGAAAUUUUAGGCCACGUUGAAGAAUCAGAGGAGAAAGGAGAAAUUAGGACUGAAAUCAUGCAGUUUGUAGAAAAGAAAUUUCCAUGUUUCAUUCUCGAUGCCUAUUUGAUUGCCCAAGAAAAAAGUCUUGUCAGAGAUAGCUUUUUUAAAGAAACUGCUCGAAAUCCAUCGGAAAACUAUCAUUAGUCUUAAUUUUAAUCUUGAUUCGAGCACUGCAGUAUGAAAAUUUCAAUCCAGAACUCUCAUUCAGUUCCUCCAAUUAUAGAAUUAUGCGGAUAACAUUUCCAUCAAACAUUGAAUUUAAUAAUCAGCGGAUGGUGUCUCCUGCUACCGUACAGCACAGUUUUCAGAUUUCAAGAAUACAGUAGCUGAAUAGCCCCCACAUGGAAAGACAUUAAUAAUGACAUUGAGUGCAAACCCCCC